ACUGCUUCCUCUAUGAUCUGGAACUUGACACUUCAGCAUAUUUCCUACUGGCUUUCCUAUUGGCUGCUGAUCCAAUUAAAUCCAAGAUGAUUAUAAAAAGUUGCUCAACUUAGUCAAUCUUUUGCUAAGGAUUUUCUAGGUUUAUUAUUUUUUUUACACUGCUUGGUUAUUCAUCAGGUACAAAGGUUGAAGAAAAACAAAGUGCUGUUUCACCGUGUUAUUUCUUCUCAGUGCACUGAAAAAUCUACACAUGUGUACACAUGAUACCUGUAAGAAGCAACAGAAAGGCUCCAAACAUGAAACAGUAUUGGCUUGUGAUCUGGGCUGGAACACUGUUUUUGAGUCCAGUCACUGCUGUCUGCAACAUUACUUCACAAAUCGUUGCUUGUGAGGAGUCUGGAAAGGACCUCUUUAAUAUCUCAUUCUACCUUUUUCAAAAUGUUACUAAAUUAAGCCUCAAAAACAAUAAAAUCACUUUAGAAGAUCAUGACAAAGAGAUUCUUGGACGUUUUAUUAACCUCACUGAACUUCAGCUGAAUGAAAACAACAUUACUGUACUGAACAAUAACAGCUUCUACAACCUGAAAAAACUUAUAACUCUGGAUAUUAGCAACAAUUGUGUUAGCACAGUUCAUAAAGCAGCUUUUGCAGGAUUAAAUCAACUCUCAGUGUUGAAUCUAUCCUAUAACAUGAUUGCUCAACUGGAUUCAGAUACAUUCACUUCUCUAGAAAGCCUGACAGUUUUAAAUCUACAGUAUAAUUUUCUGAAAUAUUUUCAUAUAAAAUCAUCUUUUAAACUGGUUAAAAUUGUUUUAGCUGGAAACCCAUGGAUCUGCUCCUGUGACCUCCUUGACUUACAGAUAUGGCUAAAUGCCUCCAGUGUGACAUUAGAAAAUGAAAGCAACACUACAUGUACAUUUCCAAACAAGGAAAAGAUCUCCAUCAAGAUGGCAGCUGCCUGCAAAACUGAAAAGACUCCUUUAGAAAACAUAGUAACUUCCACUCCUGCUGUUAAUCUUAGAAGUAGUGCCUUAAUAACAGCUCUGACUCCAAAGAACAUCACUGGAAACAAUGGAACUCGUGCAGGGCUACCACUUGUUGGCAAAAGUUGGACCUUCCUAGCGGGUGUCCUAGGAUUUGUUCUAGGCACGACACUCCUGAUUUUUACUGCUGUAAAAUGCCCGGCAUGGUAUCACUACUUGAUGAGCUACCGUCACCGUCGUCUGGAAGAAAAUGACUCAGAAAGGUUUGAACAGGAGUUCUCAGCUGACAUCAGCCCUUCUCCUUCAGUAUUGGGUACAAGCAGUGAAGAACCCAUUGUAAUAUUUGAGAAAGUUCAUGCAUGUGGAGAUGAAGAACAUGGAUUUAUUGAGGAUAAAUACAUAGACAUUUAUGCAAAUGAGGAGUGUUGAUGUCUUAUACAACAGAUGCUGAACUAACAAUUCAAAAACGUAGUACACUUGUACUUCCAUUUUAUGCUUUAUUACAUACAAUACAGAAUGAAGUUAUGCACUCUACCUCCCUGAUCUUGCCAAAUCCAUAACAAGAUUUUACUGCAUCAAGCAUUAAGUUAAAAAAUGGGAUCAUAUGCAUGCAUUAUUGGUACAAAAAAUACAACACCUACAAAAAAUACUCAUAAUCCACUUUUUAUAAUAAUGUAUUUGGCUAUUCAUAUUGGGGGGCUUACUGUAUAUUGCUUAACACGAAAAAAGUAGCAGGUGAAGUCGGCAUAAUCAUUAAUGAUUUCAUUGUGAAGAAGUCUAGAAGAAAAAACUAAUUUCUCUAAAAUAUUGAAGCAGACCAAGACAGACUGGGGGCUUGCUCCAAAUCAGUGUUGUAACAGUUCUGCAGUCUAUUGGGCAAAAGUAACAAUCAGAGAAUGGAGCAUUUGGAUAUUUUUUACCCAAAUUAGCAAAGCAAGAAAGACCAGCUGCUCUAUUCCCAAAAAUGUGUAUGUACAGUGAAAUGAUAAAUUACCGUUAAUGCAUUGCUACUGAACCAAGUAUUUUCUCUUCGUAUUUUCUUAACACUUAAAAAUGCAUUCAAGGUGGAACUGACACAUCUGCAAGCUGUUGAAAACUACAGUUCUAAUGCAAUGUGACAUUAUUAACUGGUAAAUUGUUUGCUUUGGAGUGCUUAUGGAUACACAAAAUCUCACUGCUGAGAUUGCUUUCACUGGGAACAAGCACAAGCAGGCUCAUACAGUUUUCUCCUGCACCUCUCUUGUGCCUAAAUUAACUAUCAAUACACAAGCCAUUUUCAUGGUUUUCAAAUUCUUAUUGCAAGCACCUCACCACCUUCAUCUUUCCCUCUACACAGCCCUAACUAACUAGCCAGGUAAAGGUCUAGUUCUCACUCCUGCUUGCUUUCUUCUCUCUGCUACUCCACAACAAAACUCCCAAAACUUGACAGCAGAUUGCCAAAAGACAGGAGUCCCCACUGCCACCUAACUGUUCUUGGAUGUAAUGGUAAUUAUCUUCAGACGAGUAACCAGAGUUUAACACUACGAAAUCCAGCUGCAAUCUGGCACUAAUGUAUCACCUUGAAAUUGUUCAGGUAACACUUGUGAUAUGUAUUGAACUGUUAGGGUAACAGGUAACAUGUCAACUUUCCCAAGCUGAGUUAUGAGAAAUUGAGUUAUUCAAAGACAAAAAACAUACACUUAAUGUACUUACAGUUGUCUUUUUGUGAAAACUUUUUCUAUAUCCUGAGCGUCUCGGUCAUUCUUAACCUUUAACUUAAAAAAAAAUAAAAACUAAAUAUAAUCAAGUUUAUAAUCAAUCAUAGAAUCAUACAGGUUGGAAAACACCUCUAAAGAUCAUCAAGUCCAAACCCUAACUCAGCACUGACAAGUCCGCCAUAAAACCACAUCCCUAAAUACAAAAUAUACACAUCUUUUAAAUACUUCCAGAGAAAUGGAUUCACUUACGAUUUCUGUGAUAUCUAUUCCUGAAACAUUUAGUAAUAUACUCUUUAAAACUACAUAGAUGGGAUGAAAAGCAUUCUCCUCUUUAUGACACAGACAUUGUAUCUUUAUUAUUCAAUCAAAUGCAAGGAAAAAAAAGUUGUUUUGACCAAGAAAUAUUUAGGCCAUUUUUCAGGUUACCAAAACAACCUUUACUGAAGCUGGAUCCUUUUGUUUGUGGACAAAUUGAUCAUAAGAAAUAAAAUACGUAUAAUGCCAUUCACGCUUAACACUCAGAGGAUCUGUUAGAAAGUAAGGAAAGCAAAGGAAGGACAAAACUCUUUGAUUUUGUGGUAGCUAUGCCAGAGAUAUAUUUAUUAUUUUUUCACACUUGAAACAUUUAAAAUGCUGAAAACAAAAGAGAACUUAAUGACCAGAACACCAGGUAGUUUUACAGGGCAGUGCAGUCUGCUUAAAUUUGCCUGUCUUAAGACUUGUUUUCUAUGCCAUCCCAAAAAAUAAAAAAAUAAAAAAGAUAUUAUAACACUCAUAAUUUGCGUUGGGAUAACAGCCCUCUCAAAUUUAAAUCACAGAAAAAUAUCAUGGGGCCAUUAGCACAAGACUUCAGGCAAUUGUCUUAGUGCUAACAUGUUGCCAACAUUAUAAGAAUUUAACUGGAAAAAAAUGCCUGUUUUAAGUCAGUGCUAUGCUUUCUUAGAUGUGUCACACAUUCAAAGCACCAAGAAAGUAACACAUAAUUUCACUGUUAAAGCAUAGCAAAUAUCCUAAUUCUUACCAUGUUGUAAUCACGGAUCACCUCUGCCAUAUCUGUUCUGGUGUUAAGUAUAUCCACAACCUGAAACAAGACAGAAUUCCAACCAGUUACUGCUCUCCUUUUCUUUAAAAAAAAAAAAAUCAGAUAAAGAGUUCAUGAAAACACAGCAAAUUUUGGUUAUUGCAAAUGGAAAAAAACAUAAUUUGGGAAUCUGAAUAGAUCACAUGUCGUUUUCAGAAACAACCAUUAUAUGUUGCUGUUCUAAGUACAGAAAUAUUACACAGCACCAAUUUCUUAAAUCCAUAUGCAGUCGCUUCUUCUAAUGUAUAGUAUACUUUUCCUUUUCUUCUGUUUCCAUCUCCUUCCAAUAACUGAAUAAAGGCAGCAUUAGCCAUUAAAAUGUACAUUCUUACAUAGAAAUGUAAAAAAAUUCUUCCGAAUAAAGCAAAAGCAGUACAAAGCAAGCAGGAGAAUAAAUGAUAGCAUUCAGUAUCAAAAUUUGACAGCAGCAUACCAUGUUGUAGUCUGCUAGUUGACCUUGCAAAUCUUGGAUUUCACCAGCUAAAGCCUCUGCCCUAUAUAUGAAACAAAAAGUCAAAUUUCAAAUGGUUCAAAUUUUAAGAUUUAUAUAUGUAAAAAUAAAAUAAUGAAAGAAAUAAUUAUUCACUGAUUCCUUGAAGCCUGCCCAAUACUUGAAAAUAGUCUUGUGACUUAGAAAGUUAGCUCUGCACUAGCUGCAAUACAUCUCACCUUUUUUCAUAGGACAAAUAGGCAGAUUUCUCUUGCUUGUACAUUUCUGCUUCUUCCUGCAGCUUGUUAAUUUCUGCUGUAAGUUCAUUUGUUUUAUUUCUGAAAAAAAAAAAAAAAAGAAUCAUUAA